UCCAGAAGAACGGUGACAGCCAGUAGGAACUUUAAUUUGUGAUUUUAUAUUUUCAAAUACGUCUAAUUACGACAACAAUGGAACUCUACAAAAGUGUUUGGAAGAGUGAGAGGCCAAGUGGCCGAUGUACCUCUUUGUUUUCCAGCAAGACUGAGAGGCCCGAUGGCCGAUAUGCUACUGUGUCUUACAGCAAGCCUGAGAGGACAAGUGACCGAUGUACCUCUGUGUUUUCCAGCAAGACAGAGAGACCAGGUGGCCGAUACGCCACUAUUUCUUUCAGCGCAACUGAGAGGCUGGGUAGUCGAGGUGCCACGAUGUCUUCCAACGAGACAUCGUCUUAUCUGUCAGCUGUAAAAUGGGGAGAUGAUAGCUAUUACCUUAAAGAAUUCACUGAACAAUUUCCUCUUCCACAAGUGGCCAAGAUUGUCAAGGGUCAGUAUCUAAACCUCGGACUUUCAACUCUUCCUUCCCCAAAUCCAAAUAACACGGUAUUUUUAGUGACCGGUGGAAAACGAAUCAAAGUAGCCGCUCAGUGUGUGAAAUUCAAAGAUAAGCGGCGAGUAAUCAUUGUGGGGCCGAAAUUGGCCAUCCCAGACAACUAUGACGGAUGGUUUGAGAUUUUGUCCGAAGAUGGCCAACCGGUCAGGUGUCUAGAAAACGUGGCGGAACUAGCCAAACGCUUUCCUUCCAUGUGCCUAGUUAGGGAAAAUAUUAAAGUGUUUACUUCGAAAAGUGACGACCCCGAAAACGUUAGCGAUAAAACAAAAACUCUUCAGGCUGGGGAAAUUAUACGUCUUAUCAAGGAAGUGUUAGCUGCCCCCCUCAGAGGCAAAGCCCCUGGACGCUUUUUGCGCUGUUUGACCUCAAGGAAAGAGACCGUUUAUCUGAGUAUUGAACAGAAGGGGAAGUUCAGUCCAGUGGCUGGUGAAGACAAUAUUUCUGGUGUCCACAGAAUCAAAACCAUUUUAAGUAAACGCUUACCAUUAAUGGUGCGAUUAGUUCACGGGAAGCCUCCUACUGGCCUAAAAACGAGUUUCAGGUUCCUACCCGAAAUGCGUCUAUAUUCAAUGUUUGAAGAGGAGUGUGUUUUGGCUCUUCCGCUCCAAAAGGAUUUUGCUAUGGUACCGUUACCUCUAACGGCACCUUUGAAACUGCUAGGUCCUCAAAAUGUCGAAACUCUCAUGAAACUUCGAGAAUAUGCGAAUCUUUGUCAGAAGUGCAAGGAAAUGGUACGAGCUGUUUCAGAUAAAAUCCAGGUGUUUGAUAUCAUAAUGAGUAAAGAGUUUCGAAAUAAGACCAGAACCUAUCCUAGCAGAGAUUCUCUUAAAAAAAACAGUCACGUUUCUCAGGUUAGACGUAAUCUAUCAGACCCCCAGGAACAGGGAGAAGCGAAGACGACCAUGAAUUUGGAGAGAGAAUUCUCAGCACCAGGUAAAAUUCCCCAGCAACGGCACAAGAAAGGGGUGGACACUGACGACUAUGAUGAAAUAGACAAAAUCUACGAAAGUGUCCGAGGGUUCUUUUCACUUCCUGAAAUGAUAAAAACCAAAUUUUCAACUAGUGGGAGCCAUUCCAACCUGGAAACCUCAUCCACUUUCUUUUCCCCUGUUCCACCUUCUUCCUUGGUUGUUACUGAAGAGGAUCCUCGAGAACAAGGUGAAAAACCGGAGCCCCCACCAAUUCAAACUAUUCCUCCCUUAAAAACACCCAGUAAGACAGAGCUCACAAAUCAAACAGCCCAGAAGAUAAUUAUUAGCAUUGUUAACAAACAAUCCCAUCAACUUAAAGGAGACUUAUUAAGAAGCAUGGACAUUUACUCUUCGGAAGACCACAUAUACGAGAGAAUUGACGAGAUAAAAGGAACUAUUGGUAGCUUCCAGAACAAAAGAAAAGCCCCUGUACGCUCUUAUAGUGCUGGAAUGAUUAACGUUCCCGGCGAACAUCAAAAUAAUAACUUUACAAUUAGAAAUGGUCCUCAUCAUGGAGAGGUUCCCAAGAAGCGAUUACUGAAGUAUUCUAAUAGUUAUUCAAUUCCUUUCCAAAGAAGCCGUGGCAUCAAGACUUGUAUUUUAAACAAAUCGGUCACAAUGCCAUCCCUCUUCAACACCCGCUAUAAGUCACUGACUAAUCUCGAUCCGGAGUUCAGAAAUACUCUCGCUUCCAGCAACUUCAAUGACCUAACAUCGUCUUACUGUAAAGAGACAACUAAAGGACAGCACCGAGAUCACAAGUCUUUCCUGAAAAGACAACUGUGUGAACAAUUAUAA